GGUGUAACAAAGAGGUGAAAUGUCGUCAAAGAUAAUUCACUCAAAAGCGCACGUUCAAAAAGUUAUUGAUAGUUUAAAUCGCGGAAGUAACAGAUGUAAGAGACUAGUUCGCACGAGCAAAUACGAGAGGAAUGCUCCAGAAAUUCGGGAUUGGUGGAAUCAGUUAUUUCAAGUUCUUGAAUCCGAUGCUCUAGUCAUAUAUAGGGGGGGAUAUCUAGGGAUUCGUUCGAAAUCUAAUUAUAAAAAUUCCCUGUAUUACAUGGUAUACUGAGUGAGUCAAAAUCUAGCUGUUAUAUUUCUCUCCACUGUCUACUUGAGAUGGAACGAAAAUGGAAACCACGAAAAAAACAUACACCCGAGAAACAGAAGCUAUUCCUGAAGCAAAUCUUUCCAGACUGGUUAUUAAUUCGAGUUAUAUCGGAACUUAGUAUGGACGGCUUGAAAUUCGGCGAAGAUAUGGAACUCUUUGAAAAUGUCGAACAAGAAAAAAAAAAGGCAGAACUUGAUAGUUCCACCAGGAAACGUGACACUUCAAAAUCCACGGCUGAUUCGAACGAUAUUAAAAGUAUGAUAUUGGAAGAAGCACUCUUUAAACUUCGUGGGACAUUAGAAAAUAUUUUUGAGCCAAUCGCUCCACCUGAAACGACCAAAUCGAAAAUGUUUAUGGACUUUUUCAAAAGGAAGCCAAGCAGAGCAGCAAUUUGGAGAACACUGCCCCCUCUAGAGUUGGACGAGAUGAACUUAAACCAGAAAGCAGAAGCUAUAACCGAAAAGAUAGCUACAGAUUUUAUAGAAUGGUUAAAAGAUUUAGGUGGUGAUGAGGAACUAUCUCUCACGGUGCAAUCUAUAAUCGACAUGUUUGAAAUUGGAUUUUAUGCUGACAUUGCUACUUCUUUAAAAGUCCAUUUGAGGGAACUAGCAUCGGUGCCGCAAAAAGUUGCUGAAGCAAGAAAAUUGCCACAUAAAGCCAAACGAGCUGUUCUCCAUCAAGAAAUUACAAACGACUUAAGGGCUAGCAAAAAGAAAACAGUUUACGCCGCCUUUGGUAGACGACUGCCAUCGGAACUACAGACUCGUCCGCAGGCUGAAAAUUACUUUAAGAAAUGGAUGAGUUGUGAUAGAGUGCCGGAGAAUUUGUCUAGUAUGGCAACUGUAUGGCAAGGCAUUACGCACUUAAAGUCGACGAGGGCAUAUUGCGAAUAUUUAAUAGAAAGACCCGACAUUAAACCUCCGAAGUAUUUGCUCGAUUGCGGUAUGCUGAAUCCGAAAAAUCUUCAGGACGCAAGUAUAAAUGAUUCGGAUUAUUCAGUAGGUGGUAUAUUUCCGGACGAGUGAAAGUUUAGGGCUAUUUUUAUGUGUAUCAUUUAGAAAUCUCGAAUACUAUGUAUCAAAUUAAGAACAGGUUUAAACCUUCUCAAUAACAGUGAAAUAUAGUCAUUAUAUUAGUC